AUGGUCAUGACAAAACUUAUAAAUGUAGGUAGAAGUCGAAUUGGAAUUCAGGAACUAGGCUGUAUAUUGGUGGAGGCUUCAGUGGGAGAUGGCUUCACUGGAGAUAUUGCGAUUGAUGAUCUGUCAUUCCUGGACUGCACCCUCUACCCUGGUAAUUUGCCAGCAGACUUUCCAACUCCACCCGAAAUCUCAGUUCCUGUAACAUUACCUCCACACAACUGCACAGACAAUGAAUUUGUCUGCAGGUCUGAUGGUCAUUGCAUCGAAAAAAUGCAGAAAUGUGAUUUUAAAUAUGACUGCCCUGACAAAUCAGAUGAAGUAUCCUGUGUUAUGGAAGUUUGCAGCUUUGAGAAAAGAAGCCUGUGUAAAUGGUAUCAACCUAUCCCAGUACAUUUACUUCAAGAUUCAAACACAUUCAGAUGGGGGCUUGGGAACGGGAUUAGCAUUCAUCAUGGGGAAGAAAACCACAGGCCAUCGGUGGAUCAUACACAAAAUACCACAGAUGGCUGGUACCUGUAUGCUGACAGUUCUAAUGGGAAAUUUGGUGACACAGCUGACAUUCUUACUCCUGUCAUUUCAUUCACGGGACCAAAAUGUACCUUGGUGUUCUGGACACAUAUGAAUGGGGCCACCGUUGGUUCUCUUCAGGUACUCAUCAAGAAAGAUAAUGUGACUUCUAAAUUGUGGGCUCAAACUGGAUGGCAAGGUGCACAGUGGAAGAGAGCAGAAGUUUUUUUAGGCAUUCGUUCACAUACACAGGUGUGUAAUACAGGUAGUUAUGGGAUUGUCUUCAGAGCCAAACGUGGUAUCAGUUACACAGGAGAUGUAGCAGUGGAUGAUAUUUCCUUCCAAGAUUGCUCCCCUUUGCUUAACCCAGAUAGAAAGUGUAAUGCUCACGAAUUCAUGUGUGCUAAUAAGUACUGCAUUGCAAAGGACAAGCUUUGUGAUUUUGUGAAUGAUUGUGCUGAUAAUUCAGAUGAGACUACUUUCAUUUGUCGUACCUCCAGUGGGCGCUGUGAUUUCGAAUUUGAUCUUUGUUCCUGGGAGCAGGAGAAAGAUGAGGACUUUGACUGGAAUCUGAAAGCUAGCAGCAUCCCUGCAGCAGACACAGAGCCAGCGGCAGAUCACACUUUGGGAAAUUCAUCUGGUCAUUACAUCUUUAUAAAGAGUUUGUUCCCUCAGCAGCCCAUGAGAGCUGCCAGAAUUUCAAGUCCAGUUAUAAGUAAGAGAAGCAAAAACUGCAAGAUUAUUUUUCAUUAUCACAUGUAUGGAAAUGGCAUUGGGGCACUCACCUUAAUGCAGGUGUCAGUCACAAACCAAACGAAGGUUCUACUUAACCUCACUGUAGAACAAGGCAAUUUUUGGCAGAGGGAAGAACUGUCACUGUUUGGUGAUGAAGACUUCCAACUCAAAUUUGAAGGGAGAGUUGGGAAAGGUCAGCGUGGCGACAUUGCACUUGAUGACAUUGUGCUUACAGAAAAUUGUCUAUCACUCCGUGAAUCCAUGCAAGAACAACUGGCAGUGCCUCUUCCAACAGGUUUCUGCCCACUUGGCUAUUGGGAAUGUCAGAAUGGAAAAUGCUAUAGGCUGGAACAAAGCUGUAACUUCGUAGAUGACUGUGGAGAUAAUACUGAUGAAAAUGAGUGUGGUAGCUCCUGCACUUUUGAAAAAGGCUGGUGUGGCUGGCACAACUCCCUGGCUGACAACUUUGAUUGGGUUUUAGGGGUUGGUUCUCAUCAAAGCUUAAGACCUCCCAAAGACCACACACUUGGAAAUGAAAAUGGGCACUUCAUGUAUCUGGAGGCCACUCCAGUGGGCCUUCGGGGUGACAAAGCACACAUCAGGAGUACCAUGUGGCGGGAAUCCAGUGCAGCCUGCACCAUGAGCUUCUGGUAUUUCAUAUCUGCAAAGGCAACAGGAUCCAUUCAGAUUCUCAUCAAGACAGAGAAAGGACUAUCAAAAGUAUGGCAAGAAAGUAAGCAGAACCCUGGUAAUCACUGGCAAAAGGCCAACAUCCUGCUAGGAAAGUUAAGGAAUUUUGAAGUCAUAUUUCAAGGUAUCAGAACAAGAGAUCUGGGAGGAGGAGCUGCAAUUGAUGAUAUUGAAUUUAAAAACUGUACAACUGGUAAGUUUCCAGAAAGCACUUCCAUUUUGAAGCACAUUUAUAAUCUUAACCAUUUUAUCUUUGUUGCACAUGUUUAA